UCUCAUCUUCAUUUGAAUCAAUUUUAUUAUUUUAGUUUAGGUAUAGUUACUUAGAAGUGUGGUAGCACUAUGAAGAUUUUUAUACCAUUAUGUGCACUAUUGGCGUUAGCCACAUGUGAACCACCUGUACCAAACAAUCAAUAUUUACCACCGGGACAAUCAGGAUCAAUACCUUCAUCUUCAUAUGGAGUGCCAGGAAGAAAUAGUGGAUUAGGAUCAAAUUUUGGCGCACCAAGUCAAUCAUACGGUGUUCCAGGUGUAAAUAGUGGGGCUCCAAGUCAAUCAUAUGGUGUUCCCGGUGUUAACAGUGGUGCUCCAAGUCAAUCUUACGGUGCACCUGGUGCUAAUAGUGGUAUACCUAGCCAAUCUUACGGUGUUCCAGGUGCAAAUGGCGGGGCUCCAAGUGAAUCUUAUGGUGUUCCAGGAGUAAACAGUGGUGUGCCAAGUUCUUCUUAUGGUGUUCCAGGUGUAAAUAGUGGUGUUCCAAGUCAAUCCUAUGGUGUACCAUCAUCACGUGGAAAUGGACGAUUUGGUGGACGAUUGGGAAGCAAUGGUAAUGGAUUGGGUAAACGUCCAUCUUCAUCUUUAGGUGGUGCAAGGCGGCCAUCCACACAAUAUGGAGCUCCUGGAAAUGGAAUAACUGAUGCAGUUAUUCGUCCAAGCACAGAAUAUGGAGCACCUGGUUUUAACAGCCAACAACCAAACAAUGAGUAUCUUCCUCCGAGUUCAAAUGAUUUAGGGUUAGGAGGAAAUGGUGGUUAUGACUACAGUCGUGGUGGUAAUGGAAAUGGAUACGAUGAAGGUCCAUCAGAGCCAGCCAACUAUGAAUUUGAAUAUAUGGUAAAUGAUCCACCAUCAGGAAAUGAUUUUGGUCAUAAAGAAUCUCGUCAAGGGGACUUUACUCAAGGUCGAUACUAUGUAUUACUUCCUGACGGACGUACACAAAUUGUAGAGUAUGAAGCAGAUCAAGGAGGUUACAGACCCACCAUCCGUUAUGAAGGUGAAGCCAAUACCAAUGGUAAUGGAAAUGGUAAUGGAUAUGGUCGUGGACCAGCAGGACAAAAUGGUGGAUACAGUUCAAACGGUGGAUAUGCUUCAAAUGGAGGAUACAAUUACUGAUCAAUUGUAUUUGACAAAGCUACCUUGUGUUCCGAUGACUGUUAAAACACUCUCGUUUGUAGAGUGAUUAUUAACUUUGUUCAUCCUAUACUUUAAGACAAAAUUUGGUAACUUAUUUAAUGAUUAAUGUUAUCGUUGAA